AUAAAAACUGAAUUUAGACUUAUAGGAAACUACAAAAACACCUGAGUUCUCAAUCAGUUACACCGACCCAUCACAAUGACGGCACGAACAUUAACUGUUUCUUUGAUCUUGGCUUUGGCUUGCCUGGCUUUCUCAGCACCCAUCAAUGAUGGCUUUACAGACACAGAAGUCACUGGCCCUCCUCAUAUCCCAGACCUGGAUACAACUCCAGAAAGUGACUCCAAGAGGUCUCAAGAAAGUGACUCCAAGCAGUCUUCAGAAAGUCACUCCAAAGAUGAUGAUAGAGAAGAACAAGAGGAUGCCUCAGAUUCUUCUGAGGAAAAGGAUGACAAAGACGCUGUAGAGUCAGAAGAAGAUUCCUCUGACUCCUCAGAAAGGGCCACCAAAGAGUCUCAUGAAAGUGAUUCCAUAAAUGACCACAAGCAUGGAACCAAGUCAGACGAUUCCUCUGAUUCAGAUGAUGUGUCAAAGGAUAUAACCAGUCAUGCAAUGGAUGGUGAUAACAAACAACUGGAGAUUCAUUGUGAGGGAAAAUGCGACGUUAAGAUGUUUUACCCGUCAGCUGAAGAAGACUCUGCUGACAAAGACAACAGUGAUGAAGAUAAGGACAGUUCUUCUGUAGAAGAGAAGGACAGCAACAGCAAAAAAGAAUUUAAAUCAAAGUCAAACCAAGAUAGUGACCGUAAAGAAGAUUCUGACUCAGACAAAGACAGCAAAGACGACUCCGAUUCAGACAAAGACAGCAAAGACGACUCAGAUUCGGACAAAGACAGCAAAGACGACUCAGAUUCGGACAAAGACAGCAAAGACGACUCCGAUUCGGACAAAGACAGCAAAGACGACUCCGAUUCGGACAAAGACAGCAAAGACGACUCCGAUUCGGACAAAGACAGCAAAGACGACUCCGAUUCGGACAAAGACAGCAAAGACGACUCCGAUUCGGACAAAGACAGCAAAGACGACUCCGAUUCGGACAAAGACAGCAAAGACGACUCCGAUUCGGACAAAGACAGCAAAGACGACUCAGAUUCGGACAAAGACAGCAAAGACGACUCCGAUUCGGACAAAGACAGCAAAGACGACUCCGAUUCGGACAAAGACAGCAAAGACGACUCAGAUUCGGACAAAGACAGCAAAGACGACUCCGAUUCGGACAAAGACAGCAAAGACGACUCCGAUUCGGACAAAGACAGCAAAGACGACUCCGAUUCGGACAAAGACAGCAAAGACGGCUCUGAUUCAGACAAAGACAGCGAGAGCAAAGAUGACCGCAAAAACAGUGAGGAUGAUAGAAAGGAUGAGAGCAAAGAUGACAGCAAGGGUGUCCACAAGAGUGACAGGAAGGAUGAGCAUGAUGAGGAUAAAUUUGCUGCAGAAAAGGAAGAAAGCGCAGAAGACUCAGACAGCGACAGCAAAGAUAGCAAGGAUGACAGUGAGGGUGACAGCCACAAUGAGAAUGAAUCCGAAUCAGACUCAAGCAGCAGUGAUUUCAAGUCAGAGGACUCUGAUGACAACAGGACUACAGAGACCAAAGAUUCGGAGGAUGCCCAAUCUUAGUCACAUUCAGAGCCACACAGAGAUUCUCCCUCAGGUGCUCAUGCCCUCACCAGCCCAGAAACCUGAUCUCUCGGCUGAGCCCACGAGACAGGAAAUGUAAUUAGGAGUUGAUAACCAACAAUGUCACCAUCAUCUUGAGUCAAACAUCCCGCUGAAGUCUCUGAAACCACUGCUGAAUCUAAAUAAACUA